AUGCGCCGUCUCGCUGCCGUCUUCGCCGCCAAGCGCACCGACAGGUCCGACGCUGCCUCCUCUGUCGCCGACGACUCUCCAGCAGCCCCCCCGUCCCAGCAGCUCUCAAAGCCCCGCUCGCGUUUCUUCCGCUCCCUCUCCCGCAAGGCUGCACCACCCGCACAGAGUCUCGUCGUCUCAGACCAUACCCCUUCGUCCUCCUCCUCUUCCAGCGCUGGGCCCAGCACCCCUGACGACGAUGGCACCAGUUCCUUCCGUGCUGCUGCCUCUAGAAAGAACUGGCUCGCAUGGCACCACGACACCCCUCCCGCCCCACAGUACAUAUCCGCGCCCACGCCCACAUCCCGCUCGGUUCCGCCAGCAUCACCCCGCCACGGCUCGGAAGAAGACCUCUCCUCAGACGAGUCGUCCGGGACCGAGCCAGAGCAACCACUCUCUCCCACCGUCGUUGCCCCGCAGCGCCCGCGUAUAUGCCUAACCCCCUCCUCCUCCGACCACUCCCACUCCUCUGCCCGCAGCGGUCCCCUCUCUCCCACCGCUUACGUUCGUGCCCUCACCGUGAACGCCCUCCUGUCUGCGUUCUCUCCCCCGCCCCUCCUGCACGUUCCAAACACCCCGCUCUUUCCCCGCUCGUGCAAUCUCCGACGCACCCUUCCUCCGCUCUCCGCGGAUCCCGUCUGUCCUUCCAUGCUCAGGCGCCAUUUACUUCGCCGCCUCGACCGCGCUCGCACCCUCGCACCCUCAGAACAGUACUCACUCGCGCCUUUCGCUUCCCGUAGAGGUCACCCCACGGCCGCCUCCCAUCGCGGGCCCUCGCGCAACUCCGUCCAGACCAUAGACGACGUCGCAGUCUCCGACGGUAAGCGCAUCGGCAUGCACAGCGACGGCCUCAGGCUCUGGGCCGAGCGCCCGUGUUUCGAGGAUCGCAUGGUCGUAUACCUGCCUGCGCACCCAGGCUCUGUGCAGAAUGUGGUCUGCAUACCCGUCUCUGGCCCCGGCCUUGGCGUCGCGGCCAUCGAAUUUUCUGAGACGUUGGAGCUGCUCGCGGGCCUCUACGACCCGGAUGCGGAAGUAGCCGCGACCGCGGAGGCGGAGGACGCGAAUGUGCUACCCGCGUGGUUGCUCGACGUGACGCUGACCCCGCCGCUGUCAUUAUCGAGCUCAGCCACGCCCGAGUCCUCUGGCCCGACCACGCCCACGUCCACGAGCCCGAUGCCGUCGCCCGUCCUGUCAGGCUCCAGCAAGCCGCCGGAGCUCUCCGUGACGCUUCCUUCGCCACCUCCCCGUGGCCAGCUGUACAAAGCUGCGCCCUCGCCUCUGCGGAUAGAACACAGCCAGGUCCUCUUCUCGAUCCCUCCCACCUCGCCGAGGCGUACCGCGUCCCCUGCCGCACCCACACCCACCGUCUCCCCGUCCCCGUCGUCCUCUACCGGUACGAGUGUCACCGUGAAGCCGUCAUCGCCCGUACACACCAAGCCAAACGUACGCUUCGCCGAGUCGGUGCCCGCAGACGCUCCCGGCAUGGACGCCUACCGCACGGACAACAUCCCGCUCGGCUACGUGCAGCGCAUCAAGCACCAGCGCGCAGAAAAGGCGCGGUUCCUCGCCGUCGAGCGUGCGCGCCGCGACGAGGCGGUGCGUGCCGAGGAGCAGCGCCGCCGCCGCGAGGCCGAGCGCCGCGCGCUCGAAGAGGAGCGCAAGAAGCGGCUGUACGCCGAGGAGGUCGCGCGUGCGCGCGCGCGCCGCGAGAGCAUGCGCGUGGACCCGGACUGGGAGAUCGCGCGCGAGAAGGAGCGCGAGCGCCGCGGGCGCGAGGUGCGUCCUGUCCUCGCGCGCCCCGCGUACGACGCGCAGCCCGCGCCUGCGCCGAGGAGGCAGGGGUCUGCGGAGCCCAAUGUGCGCAGAGACGAGUCGCCCGCGCAGCGUUCGGCGGUGGCUGGGUCGAGGUCGAGCUCGGUGCGCCCUGCGAGUAUCAACGGGUCGGCGGCGGCGGAGCACGGGUCGCCUGCUGCUGCUGCUGCUACGCGCUCGUCGUCCUCGCCUGAUGUCCGUCAUGGCCAGGGCCAGGGCCGACCGAAUGCGAGCAGGCGCGGGUCCAUGGUGUCCGACGCUGGCUCGCGCCCUUCGCCGGCACCGCCGGGCUCGCCUGCGUGGAUGUCCUCGCCGAACGGGAGCCCGCGGAUGAACCCGCGGUUGAGCAUGAACAUGGGCGUGCCGUCGAUGCCGAUGCAGAUGGUGCAGGUGCCGAUGCCGAUGCAGAUGGUGCCCGUGCCCGUGCCCGUCGCGAUGCCGUACGCGCUCCCGAUGGGCAUGUACGGCAUGAGCGCGGGGAUGAUGAUGGACGCGCCGCUCCUCCCGCCGAGCCCGCCGUUCAUGGUCCACCAGUUUGGCUACCGCGCGCCGUCGCCCGCCCAGGGCCCGUCGUCGCAGAGCAGGGACCACAGCCGCUCGCGCGCGCAUAGCUCUUCGCCCGCCCCCGGCCCUCGCGACCACGCGCACAGCUCCUCACCCGCCCCCGGUCAUCGCGACCACGCGCACAGCUCCUCGCCCGCCCCCGGUCAUCGCGACCAUGCGCCCUCGCCUUCGCGCAGCCCGCAACCGCAACCGCAAAACCGGUCCCAUAGCUCAUCGCCGCGCCAGGCGGCCGCGCUGCUCUCGCCGCACACCCAGCAGCGCUCGCCGAUGUCCCCCGCGCAGGCCCCGUCCCCGUCGUCGUCCGCCCCGCGCGCACACCAUCAGCGGCGCUCGAGCGCGGACGUCGACGUGCACCGCUCGGCGCAGCCCCCGCCGCAGAGCUCGGACCGCCGCAGCACCAAGUCCUCCGCGCCGCGCCCGGCGCCCACGCACCACGCGUCGCUGCCCCCGUCUGUGCCCCCGAUGCCGCGGUCCACGCGCGCACAGGACGGCUUCCAGAUCCUCAGCAGGCCCUCGGCGGGGCGGCGGCAGACGAUGAUUUCAUGA